AUGGAGCAGCAGAAGGAAGAGACGGGCCCGGACGGGAACAGCCUGCCACCGCCCGGGACCGGGCCCUGGCCCCCGGUGCCCUUCCCAGCCCUGCCAUUUCCGCUCCUGGGCACCCCAGACCCAGCGCACCUGGGGCUCCCCGAGAGCCUGGCCUCUGUCACCGUGCCCAUCCGCCUGGACGCCCUCUCCUACCUCCUGCACAGCGCCUUGCUGGGGGCUUAUAACCUCCAGCAGUCCCUGCCCUCCUGCACCUGCCACCCCCAGGCUCCCGACCCCCAGCCCCACGCCGCCAAGAGGCCGUUCCGGGGGGGUGGGGACUGGGACGUCCCCCGCAGGCCAGGCUGGGGCCGGGGCCGGGGCCCGGGGCCCGGCCGGGGGCAGAGGCGACGGGGCCCUGGGAGGUCUGAGCAGCCAACGCCGGUCUGGGCAGGGGACUCCGGGGCUGGCCCCAGGACCCCACCCACGAUGCCGUCAUCACCCCCAACACUGCCGACUCAGGAUGGGAAGAGGGAAGCGGGAGGUCCGGAGCCGCCCCUGGCCACGCCACCUGCCGCUGAGGACUGGGACAUUGAGUACUAG